GAUGAUUUGACUCCAGCGUUUGAGCAUUCGAAUAAAACAACAUAAUUAUUAUUCUAAACAUAAUUUAAUGCUGAGACACGUGCACCGGAAAUGUGUUUACAUACCAUAUUUAAAAAAAAAAAUUUUAAAACCUAACAGACAUUAUUCGAGCAAUAUAACCUACAAAAAUGGAAUAUUUACGCUUGGACAAGUCAACAGAAACGAAGACUAUAAGAAAUUCAGCAAUGAUUAUCAUUUUUCAUCCGAAGCGACAGUAUUACCUUCGCAAUCGCAAAUUGUUAUUGCUGGCGCGGGAACGGUUGCCAAUUCAGUUGCUUAUCAUCUUGUUAUUAAUGGCUGGAAUGACAUACUCGUUCUGGAACAAGAUAGAAUUGGAAGCGGAACGUCUCAUUUUGGUUCCGGUACGCUUAGUCUUUUUAAACCGAUAUCGCAUAGAAACUUGAUUUCUUACAGCAUUAAGCUGUAUCGACAACUACAAGGAAUGGGAUACGAUAUUGGACUAAAACAGUGCGGUAGCAUAAACUUAGCUCAAACUAAAGACAGAAUGAUAGCUUUAAGAAGAAGAAUGGCUUAUAACGUACCUACGGGUUUACAUUGCGAAAUUCUGGGCAGAGAAGAACUGAAACGAUUACAUCCAUAUUUGAACAUCGAUGACAUCGAAGGUGCAGUCUGGGUACCCGAAGAUGCAAUAGCCGAUUCUAGUGCGAUUUGUAAAGUCUUGGCUGAAUUAGCGAAACUGGGUGGUGCAACGUACGUUGAAAAUUGUAGAAUCGAAGAAGUACGGACUGAAAACGGAGCUGUGAAAAGUAUAAGAACUAAACACGGUGUAAUUCAAUGCGAAUAUUUUGUAAACUGUGCUGGAAUGUGGGCACGUGAAUUAGGAUUACGAUGCAGUCCACCAGUCAGAAUUCCAGCGUAUCCUGCAGAACAUUUUUAUGCGAUCGCUUAUCCUUUCCCACCUACUUCGGAUGUAACUUUACCAUGUAUACGAGAUUUUGAUUCACACUCGUACAUGAGAGAAUGGCAAGAAAGUUUAUUAGUCGGCUGGUUUGAACCGGAAUCAAAACCUGCGUUUGAAAAUGGUAUCGUUCCUACAAAAAACUGGAAGAACUAUCUUAAAAAUAAUCCGUCUCACUGGAAACCUCUAUGGAACAAAGCGGUGCAUAGAUUACCAAUUUUGAAGGACGUAAAUCCAGAUGUAUAUAACUGUCCUGAUAAUUUUACACCGGAUGGUAGAUGGAUAUUGGGAGAAAGUCCAGAAGUAAAGAAUUACUUUGUCGCUGUUGGUAUGAAUGGGAAUUCAUUGCAAGGAGCGGGAGGAAUAGGUAAAGAAGUUGCAGAGUGUUUAAUAAACGGUGAAUCCACGCAAGAAUUACUUCCCUUUAGUGUGCAAAGGUUUCUAGAUUUACAUAGCAGUAAACGGUAUUUGCAACAAAGAACGAAAGAAAUAGUUGGUCGAAAUUAUGCAAUCUUGUAUCCCCAUCAAUGCGAGUAUAAAUAUGCUCGAAAAUUACGUUGCUCGCCUUUGUAUUCUGUUCUUGAAGAGAGGGGUGCAAUUUUUGGCGUGAAGAUGGCUUACGAGCGACCACUUUACUUUGAUUCAACUUACAGAAGAGGACAAAAGAAGCCGGUCAUGCCACCGGGCAGUUUUUACAAACCACAGUUUUUUGAUUUCAUGGAAGAAGAAUUUUUAGCGUGUAAAGAAGGAGUAGGGAUAAUAGAUAUGAGUUCAUUUUCAAAAAUCAAAAUUAAAUCUAGUCGUUGGGAAGUGGUAGAAUACCUUCAACAAUUGUGUUCUAAUGACGCAAAUAUACCUGUUGGCGGUAUAGUGCAUACAGGAAUGCAAAAUGAAAGAGGUGGAUAUGAAAAUGACUGUCUCCUAGUAAGACAGUCGGAAAACAGUUAUUUUAUGGUAUCACCUACAGCACAACAAACACGCAUUUAUCAAUGGAUGUCGAGACAUUUACCAGCAGAUCACUCGGUAGGCCUCAAUGACGUGACUUCAAAAUAUACAGUCAUUAACUUAGUAGGGCCUAAAGCGACAGGACUACUUUCAGAACUAUCAAAUUCUAACAUUAAUCUUUCUCCUUUCACGUACAAGACUGCAAAUGUAGCGUAUGCCUCGGAUGUAAUGAUAAUGUCAUUCACGAACACUGGUGAAUCUGGUUAUUGUUUGUAUAUACCUACUGAAUAUGCACUUCACGUAUACUCCAGGUUAAUGGAAGUGGGCAGAGAUUACGGAGUACGAGACGUAGGUGUACUCACGCAACGUUUCAUGCGAAUAGAAAGGUUUAUUCCUUUCUGGGCCGAAGAAUUAACGCCAUUUGUCACGCCAUAUGAAGCUGGAUGUGGAUACAGUGUGAAAUUAGAUAAAGGCUACUUCAUUGGGAAAUUUGCUUUAAAACAACAGAAAGAACAAGGCGUAACAAAGCGAUUAGUAUUAUUUGUUGUUAACGAACUAGAUAUAAAUAAAAAUGUAUGGCCAUGGGGUGGCGAACCCGUUUAUCGAAAUAAUGAAUUCGUGGGAACUGUUACAUCAGCAGGGUAUGGAUUUGCAACCGAAAAACAUAUUUGUCUUGGAUUUAUCAGUUCUCCUAGAUCAAAUCACACGCAACCUGAUAGAAAUAUUGUUACAACAGAUUUUAUAAUGGAUACUACAGCCUGCUAUGAAAUCGAUAUCGCCGGUACCAGAUUUCCAGCUAAACCUCACAUUCAUCCUUUACCUAUACCAGCAUCGAGUAUUAAAUUAAACAAAAAAUAUAUUCCCACUCCUGUUAUUGCAUACGAGAGCGAUGUGACUCGUUAAUAACAUUUUCAUUUACUUUUUGUGAUUGUCCUUUACCCGAAUUAUUUAAAAGUAUAAUUAUAUUAUUAAUAAUUUAGUCAUUAAUUUUACAAG